AUAUGCAAAUGCAUGAACUUACGAGCUCUGUUAUCAAUCUGAAAAAUUGAUUUAAAGACAAAUUCAAUAUUUUGUACCAAUACCAAUGAUUCAAAUAUACCUGAACAUGAUAAUAAUUAUAAAGAAGAAAAUGAACAAAAUGUAUUGAAUCUUACAUUGACUAAUCCAACUGAUUAUGCACACUUUGAUAAAGAAGUAGAUAACAGUGACCUUAAAAGAAGCAUUAUAUAAUUUGGUCUAUGUAAGCCAGCUAUUGAAUUUUCAAAAAAUAAUGAUGGCAGAAAAUUUUCUUCUAAUUUCUAUUUUGUUUCUGCACGGUCUGGUUCAAAAAUACCUCGUUAUUGGUUAUGCUAUUCUACAGUUUUAGAUAGAGCUUACUGUGAAUCAUGUUGGUUGCUUGUUAAUAGAAAAAGUACUCCUUUUAAGUCUGAAUGGAUAAAUGGAAUCAAUGAUUGAAAACAUUUAUCUCAAAGCAUUCAAUGUCAUGAAAUAUCAACUCAAAAUGUAGAAUCAACAAAUAUGCGGAUCAUAUGGAUGAAAAAUAGAACGAUAGAUCAGGAAGUAAAAAUACAAUAUAGUAAAGAGACUACAUUUUGGAGAAAUAUUUUACUACGUUUGAACAAAAUCAUAUUAUCAUUAACAGCGGGAAAUACUGCCUUAAGAGAGCAUAGAGGAAAAAUUGGAUCUGUAGAAAAGUGUUCAAAAGGAAAUUGUUUACGUACUGUUAAUUUAUUGGCGGAAUUUGAUCCAAUUUUAAAUUAUCUAUCGAGUAAUCCUUAACACAAAAUCAAAUACUUAAGUCCAUUAAUUCAGAAUGAGUUAAUUGAAAUAUUAGUUAAUAAAGUUCGUGAAAUAAUUUGUGAUGACCAGGGCUCGGAACUUUAUGCGCUAAAAAAACCAUGAAAUAUGUGCAUACGUAUGCACUAAAAAACACCAAAAUAUGCGGCAUUUUAAUUUUUGUUCAACAAAUAUUAAAAUCAGAAUAUUACGUGGCACAUAAGCGGUAAUCGAGCACGAUUUGAAAUAUGCAGCUUCCUGAGAAAGAUGCAAAUGCAUAAAGUUCCGAGCCCUGGUGAUGACAUUAGAAAGUCUUGUGGUUUUUCAAUAAUAUUGGACUCAACUCAAGUUAUUAAAAAAGUUGACCAAAUACCUGUAUCAGAAGAAGAAUGGAAAAUUAUUUCUAAUAACUUUGAAUCAAAAUGGAAUUUUAAUCAUUGUUUGGGGGCGAUCGAUGGCAAACACAUAGAGAUAAUAAGACCUCAAGAUUCUGGAUACGUGGAACUAGGAAGUUGGAGAAAUCAAGAUGAGCAAUUAGGUCAGCUACAGCCUUAUCAAGGUAGAAAUUCAUCAGUAACAGCCAAAGAAAUACGAGAUAAAUUUUGUAAUUAUUUCAACAACGUCGGGGCAGUCCAUUGGCAAGACGAUUUAAUAGAUAUUAAUAUUUAAUUAUUUUUUUUAUUAUUUUUUUUUAUUUUGUUUAUUAGUAUCAUUAUU